CACGGAUGGCUAGGGAAGUGUUAUAUAUCCAUUAACGUGAUAUGUGUAACGUCGAUGUUGUUUUGUAAACAAGAUGGGUAGUAAACCGAAAGGUGUUGGCUCUAGUGUCUAUGUUAGUUUCUCUAUACUCUUAGCGGCACUGUUAUGUGCCAAUAUCGCAAAAUGUGUACAACGACGUGACUACUCUAUCGCAAGUACACUUGUUAGGUAUAUUACCGAGCGCUCUGACUACGAAGAGAGUGACGCGGAGCACUCGAGAGUCACUCAGGCGCCUUUGGUUAAGGUACAUCUAAAGAAGGUGUUCCUGCCAACGUUGCUACACGGAGCUAUGAAAAACGAUAUUAACCAAGUGAGGACCCAGCGAGCUAGUGACAUUGAUUCCGAAAAUAACCGCAAAAGGGAUGAUAUAAUGGCCACUAUAGCAGCCGUGGAUACAUUGGAGUCACUGGCUGCAGAGCCACUGAACAUGAUGAAUGCCCAUAACUACACACAAAGGGAAUAUAAGAGCAAGUUCCGCCAAGAUAAUGAAAAACGAGAUUCAGCAGUUGUGCAGGAACCCUACGGACUCUCUGACUUUGCCGUACUAUCGCAAACAACAUACAACUAUCAGCCGGCUCAAUACAGAGUAUUAGAAAGAAAUAGGCUGAAGCCUUCGGAACUUGAUAAUGAAGAUGGAGAAAGGUACCACGUACCACUAUUUCCAGAACGUGGCGACAAGCCUGUAGGCACCACCUGAUGUGUAGCAC